ACAGGGUUUGAUUGGGUGGGGGUGGUUGAGUGUCGUAGAGAAGUGAGGCGCAUGUCGACGGAGAACGGAAGGGGGUUCGUGGGCAAGACUUCGUACUACGAGGUGCUUGGGGUUGGAGGUGACGCGACGAGACACCAGAUCAAAGAGGCGUAUUACCGCCUAGCGAAGGAGUGUCACCCUGAUGCGGGGAAUCGGUCCGACCACGAGAGGUUUGUCGAGCUGUAUAAGGCGUAUUCUAUUUUGUCUGAUCCAAAGAAGAGGGAGAGGUACGAUUUGUACGGAGAGGAUGCGGAGGAGAUAGAGAUGGUGGACGCCACCGACAUGUUUGAAGAGUUGAACAAGGAGGGUUUGAAGUCUUUUUUUACGGACGAGUUGGAAGACUUGCAGUUUGGCCAUGGGGCGAACGUGGAGGUGAGCGUGAGCGUGAAAUUUAUGGAUGCGAUGACAGGUAAAUGGAAAAUGGUAGCGUACGACUGCCAAGUGCCCUGUCAGGCAUGCGAGGGAACGGGGUCUUCAUCGAAGAGGUCGAGCAUGUGUUACGAGUGUGAUGGGAGAGGCGUAAAAAUAACGUCUGUAGGGGGCGUGAAAAUGUCGACGUCUUGUUCUGAUUGCGAAGGAACAGGUAGAGUCGUGUCUGAUCCCUGUCCGAAGUGCUCUUUAGGCACCAAAUUGAAUUCCAAAAUAAUUGAGGUAUCUGUUCCUGCCGGCGUCGAAGACGGAAUGUACUUGAGGGUCCAGGGAGAGGGACACUGCGGAAAGCGCGGUCUUCCUCCCGGCGACCUGUUCUUAAAAGUUUCUGUUGAGCCUCAUCCGGUUUUCCGUCGAAGUGGCUCUGAGGUUCAUUCUGACGUGUCUAUAAGCUUUGUGCAGGCUUGUCUUGGUGACUCCGUCGCCGUGGAGACCGUUUACGGGCGGAGGACGGUACAAGUUCCCCCUGGUACUCAGCCCGGAUGCACACUCAGGUUGGAACGCCUCGGCGCGCCCGUACUGGGUCAGCCGGACCGCUUCGGGCCCCACAUCGUCCACGUGGCAGUGAGGGUUCCGACUUCGCUCACGCCGUCGCAGAUCGAGGCCCUACAGGCGCUCGACUCGUCGAGCUCUCCCCCGAGCGCGGGGUGACGGACAUGGAGGCGCGCUCGGCCUCCGCGGCACGUCCAGAAACGGUGUAAAUUGCAUUCACAAAAAUA